UGUCGCAAACUUUUAGAUAGAGAGAGAACGAAGUUCUAGAGAGAAACAGAGCAGAGAGCUCUUCUAAGCUGUGGAGCUAUGGCCGGCAAUGUAGCCGGAGACCCCACGCCGGCGCUGCUGGAGCUCGUCCAACACAUUGUUCGGGACUCCAGCGGAACCGGGGACAGCCAAAAAGCCGGCGGCGACGGCGGCGGAGGAGGAGGAGAUCUCUUCAGGAAGGACUGCACGGAUCUGGUCCGCAAGAUCUCGCUGCUCAGUCACCUUUUCGAGGAGAUUAGGGAUUUCACUGGCGGCUCCAGCUCUCGUUCUUCGCCGGAGGACUCCUGGUGGUCGGAUCUCGCCUCCGCGCUGCAGUUCGCGAAGCGCCUGCUCUCCGUCGCCUCCAGUUUCGUUGCAGCUUCCUCCUUCGACGGUGAAGCAAAGAAAAUCGCCUUCCAAUUUCAAUGUGUGACAUGGAAAUUGGAGAAAGCACUUGGGAAGCUACCUUAUGAACAAUUUGACAUAUCUGACGAAGUUCAGGAACAGGUUGAAUUGGUGAGAGCUCAGUUGAAGAGAGCUGCGGACAAGUACGGGCCUAUGAAUUCAAAUUUGUUGUCGCGGACCAUGUCCCAACCGGCUUUAAAGGAUCUUGACCUAAUUCAGUCAGGGCGGGCCAUCGGAACACUGCAUAUUCAGAACAUUGGGAAUGUUGAUCAUGAAGUUUCUGCAACAUUGAACCCCAUUCCAAAUCCUGUUCCUUCAAGAAGGUGUCCUGCAGAUCAUAAAAUUGAAAUCCCCACCAAUUCUUCUACAUCAUCGGAAGUUUCUUCAUUGGAUGCCGAUAGAAGUGACCUGUCAGCAUCUGAUCUAGAGGACAACCCAGAGAAAAAGAGCGCCGAGGAAAAUAAGAAGUCUGAUGCCAUUCCCAUACCCGAUGAUUUUCUUUGCCCAAUUUCUCUAGAGAUUAUGAGGGAUCCUGUCAUUGUAGCCACUGGACAGACAUAUGAAAGAUCAUACAUACAGAGAUGGAUUGACAAUGGAAACUUGACGUGCCCGAAGACCCAGCAGAAGCUCCAGAAUCUAACACUCACCCCUAAUUAUGUCCUUAGAAGUUUAAUCAGUCAGUGGUGCUCGACCCACAAUGUUGAACAACCGACUGGAAUAGUCAAUGGGAAAAUCAAAAACAGUGAUGGUUCCUUCCGUGAUAUAAGCAGUGAGAUCGCAACAAUUGAAGCCCUCGUCCGAAAGCUCUCAAGCUGUUCCAUUGAGGAGAUCACAGCUGCUGUGACUGAAAUUAGAUCUCUAUCCAAAAGGAGCACGGAUAACAGGAUAUUAAUAGCAGAGGCCGGAGCUAUCCCACCUCUCGUUCACUUGCUGACUUCGGUGGAUGUCUUAAUCCAAGAAAAUGCAGUCACUUCUAUUCUUAACCUCUCGAUAUAUGAGAACAACAAAGGGCUCAUAAUGCUUGCCGGUGCGAUCCCUUCUAUCGUACAGGUCCUCAGAGCGGGAAGCAUGGAAGCUCGUGAGAAUGCAGCAGCGACACUCUUUAGCCUCUCACUCGGGGAUGAGAACAAAAUUAUAAUUGGGGCGUCUGGGGCAAUUCCUGCAUUAGUGGAUUUGCUCCAAACAGGCAGCACUCGAGGAAAGAAGGAUGCUGCCACUGCCUUGUUCAACCUCUGCAUCUAUCAGGGCAACAAGGGUCGGGCUGUUCGGGCAGGAAUUAUAUCGGCACUACUAAAGAUGCUCACUGAUUCAAGCCACCGUAUGGUGGACGAGGCUCUGACGAUCCUGUCAGUUCUUGCCAGCUGUCAAGAGGCUAAAGUAGCAAUGGUGAAGGCGAGCACCAUUCCUGUUCUAAUUGAUCUCCUGAGAAUGGGUCUACCACGAAACAAGGAGAACGCUGCUGCUAUACUGCUCUCUCUAUGCAAGAGAGACUCGGACAAUCUCGGGUGCAUCAGUAGGCUCGGGGCCUCGAUUCCACUGACAGAGCUCGCCAGGAAUGGGACUGAGAGAGCGAAGAGGAAAGCCACUUCGUUGCUCGACCUCCUCCACAAACUGCACAAGCAAUAGCCCUCGACAACUCUCGAUUUUAACACGUUCCAUACUCUUGAUAUUCCAAUUUUUUAUCCCUUUCCUUCCCUCUUUUUUAUCGGGAUCAAAGGCUGACAAAAACGGAGCAGGAGAACAAGAAAAUGCUGAUUCUCGUUGCUUGGUCUUAAUUAGCACCCACUCUGGUCGUGCUCGAGGGAAAUUCAUUUGAUAUGUUAUUGGUUCUUACAUGAGAUUCAUUUGUGAAGAAUAUGUUCCCAGCUUCCUUGUGACAUGUCUUUUGUGUGCUUCCGAAGUGUCAAAUAACAAUAAAAUGUGAUUCUCUAUUUUCUUCG